GCCCCUACCCCCAGAGCCGUCAUCAUGGCGGACCAGUGGCCGGAGUUUGUGAGGAGUAUAAAAGGAGUAAUUUUAGACAUGUGUGGCGUUUUAUACGACAGCGGAGAGGGAGGAGGAGUGCCGAUUGAAGGCUCGGUGGAAGCCGUCAGAAGGUUAAAAUCCUCGGACCUUCAGCUACGUUUCUGCACUAAUGAAACUCAGGCCACGCGACAGAAGUUUGUAGCCAAGCUGCAGCGUAUGGGCUUCGACAUCGAGGUCAGAGAGGUGUUCUCCCCUGCACCGGCUGUAGUGUCCAUCCUGAAGGACCGUGGACUGCGACCCCACCUGCUGGUGCAUGAUGAUCUGCUACCAGAGUUUGACGGUGUGGAGAAAUCAGAUCCGAACUGUGUGGUGAUCGGAGACGCUGCUGAUAAUUUCUCUUACCAGAAGAUGAACGCUGCAUUUCAGGUCCUCAUCUCACUGGACAAACCACUGCUCUUCUCCAUGGGCAGAGGACGCUAUUAUAAAGAGACGGACGGCCUGAAGCUGGAUGUUGGAGCAUAUAUGAAAGCUCUGGAGUAUGCGUGUGAUUUGGAGGCAGAGGUGGUGGGUAAACCAGCACCAAUGUUCUUCCAGAGUGUUCUCAAUGACAUGGGCAUCCAACCCCAUGAGGUGUUGAUGAUUGGUGAUGAUCUGGUGAAUGAUGUUGGAGGAGCUCAGUGGUGUGGGAUGAAGGGUGUUCAGGUGCGGACAGGUAAAUACAGGUUUCAAACCGCUACAAGACUAAAACAGGUAUCUAUCAGAUCUUCCCCUGCAGCAACAUGGAAUCAGGAACAUUCCAGUCUCCUGCCCGAGGACAUACAUCACUGAUAACCACCACCGAACACUGACCACCCAGUCUGAAUCACGCUUCACCCAGAGGGAGGAAACUAAAUGGACACAGCAUGGACACAACGAGGAAAACCCCAAAGUCCUCAUAUUACACAUUUAAAUCAAAGUCCUCGUAUUACAAGUUUUAGUUACUGCUACGAAUCUGUCUCAAAGUUCUGACACUGGAGACUCU